GCAAAGGGGCACCUACUGGCAAGGCAACGGCCGGUGAAGCUCAGACUUGCAAUUCCCGAGCCGCGACGACCGACCUCCAGCGCCCGACCGACCUGCCACCGACCCGAGCCGAGUCCACUUCCGGGGCCAUGAGCCGCAACCACGACGACACGUACGACGACAGCGACGACGAGUUGAUGUUCGUCUUUGAGAUGAGCGACGCUGAGGACGACAGCCGCCGGGUCCGCGCGGCCCGGCCGGCCAACCCCAUGGCGCAACUCCUCGAGCUCGAAGAUGCUGGCGGCUCGUUGCCCCCGCCGCCAUUGCUGGGCCCAAAGCCCGCCAUCAAGCGCAAGGCGUCCCGCGAUGAAGACGACGACGACGACGUGUAUCGCCCGACCGCCAAGCGCCAGCGACCGGCGACGCGCAGCGUCAAGGUCCACCACGUGCGCACCAAAAACAUGGCGAUUCCGUGGCCGACGGCCGUGGGCGGCGCGACGGCCAUCGACUACUUUUGCCGCCACUCGAUCGAGUCGUCUUGCUCGCCGCUGCGCAUGCAGUUCCACUCGCUCUUUGUCGGAUCGACGCAAGACGCGAGCCCGAGCACGCCAUCGUGGCGCCCGUCGUCCCACUGGCUGCAGCCCUCGCGCAACCAAUUCUCCUACUAAACAUCGACCUCGUGCCGACGCCGACGACGACGCCGUCCUUUCCUGCCACCAAAAAAGAAGCCACUGCCAUACCUCCUCGACCAACAACUAAGAUCUACUACUACUAGUAUUGCGUAACCUCAAGCAGCUCGUCGUCGUGUGUCGUGUGAUGC